AUGAGUUCCAAUCAUGCUUUUGCAAAAUGUGAAUCCCCCAAAGUUGUGCAAUGGAAAAGACUGAUUGUUGGGCAAAUGCAUCCACACCCUUUGGAAGCAACAAUACUCACUGCACAAGGAAAAGGAGAAAAUAUGAUUAUUCCAAGAACUCCACUGAUCCUAGCAGACAUGCCCUUUAAAUUCAAGAGACUUCAAUUUCCAGUAAGAGUUGGUUUUGCAAUGUCAAUUAACAAAAGUCAAGGACAACCACUGAAAAUUGUUGGACUUCACCUCAUGCAGCAGUGCUUUUCCCAUGGUCAGCUCUAUGUUGGUUGUUCCAGAGUUGGAAAUGGCAACAAUCUCUUCAUACUCACACCAAAUGGUAAAACCAAGAAUAUUGUUUAUCCUGCUGCUUUACAGCUAUCUCCAAAUGUCACAGUGAUACAAAAUUCUCUAAAAGUGAUAUAA